UCACGUCGAGGGCGAGGUCAUCAUCAAGGAGGCGACGGCACUCAGCCAAUGCCACCCUGCAGACGGCUGAGCACACAGAGAGAGGGAGAGGAGAGAGGGACGCAUAACUCAUCCGUUUCUGUCUCUGUUGCUCCUUCUCUUCCUCACCUGCAGUGUGUAGAUCUCCAUAUCAGCAGCUGUGAAGUUGGAGCUGGAGGCCAGGCUGGCGCGGCCCUUGUUGGUGAUGGUCCCGAUGUACUUCUUGUCGGGCGGGAGGCAGUCCUUCAGCAGCCACUGAGCGCAGCGGCGAAGGUCGGCACUCUCCCGUUGGCUGAAGCCCAAGAGUGAGCUGAAGCCCAGCCACAGGCGGCCGGGCGCCUUGUGGAUCAUGUCACCGAUGCACACCUUGCCGCUCGGGUCACACACCACGUUCUUGACCACCCCUUGUGUGCCAGCGACCCAAACAGGCUGCUCGUCGGUAGGCAGGUCGAUCUUGGUGAUGCCGUCGCCCUCGAACGCGCCACGUACCGAGAAGAGCGACACGGGGUAGCGGGUCACGGUCACUGCAGUGGGGUCUGCGGGCGGGGUGAGCCCGCCCUCGAUGUGGGCGGCGAUGACGGGGCCGCCGAGGUCCUUGAGGAGCAGCAGGAGGUCGGGAGCGUCGCCCACAUUCUUGAACAUGGCCUCCUGCUCCCAGCCGUCACACUCAGCCCUGACACAUAGACAGGAAAGCAGCAAAGGAUAUCAUCCUCGAGGCACCAACAGCCUGCCUGUCGUCGGUUGCUCACUUGUAGAGUAGUUGUGGGGUCGCAUCCGUCAUGCCGGUCGCGUCGACGAGUGCUCGCAGGUCACUGUCAGACAGGAUGGGGUCGGCCGGCACAGCACUCCACACCUGCACAGAGAGAGGAGGAAGAUCUCAUGAUGUCCACAGCCACUUCUGUGCCCUCUGGUUGAUGCCUGGCUGACUGACCUGGAAGACCUCCACUCGCUGAGCGGUGAAGGAGUAGGUCUCAGCACCACAGAGGCUCGCAUCCUCGCUGCUGAUGGUCUUGCCCACAAAUUUCCUGUUGGCCGGCAGCUCCUUCUUCUCCACCCACUGAUAGCACUUGAGAAGGUCGUCAGUCGGGCAAUGCUCGCCCCGCCCCAGCCACAGACGGCCGUCAGCGAUGGCCAGAUUGCCCCGUGGCUCACCGGCCUCCUCCGUCACCGCCCCCUGUGUGCCUGCCACCACCACAAACUGCUCUCCCCUGGGCACCUCGAUCUUGGUGACGCCCUCCUCGAACGCACCGCACACUGAGAAGAGCGACACGGGGCAGUCGAAGUGCAGCUCAGAUGUGGGGUCGGCCGGCAGGUGCAGCUUGGUGUCGGCGAAGACUGCGAUGGUGUUGGUGUCGUCGCACUUGAUGACGAAGAGGAGGCCGCGGCGCCCCACCACCCGCUGCACCAGACUGGCAUACAACGAACCGUGCAGCGAACUCCUGACACACACACACACACACAGCCAGACGUGCCGACGAAUGCAUGAAGCAUGGCGCGAUGGCGCGAUGGCGCCUAUUUGUUCUUCCUCACUUGAAGAGGCAGAGUCUGUUGGGCUGUUUCUUGCCGAUCAUGAUGAGGAGGGUCUGCAUGACGUCGUUGGCGAGGAUGUUGGGGUACAUGGCCUCGAGGACGCCGUACAUCUCACUCACACGCACCAGCUCAUCCUGGUGGGCACACGUGGGCGGCGGGACGACGGCGCCUUCGGAGGCCAGGCGACACCGACGAGCGAAAUCAACGAUCCUGAACAAACCAACAGACGAUAGGUCCGCUGUCUUGCUGCCUUUGGUGGUUGUCUGGGUACUCACAAGUCGAAGUGGUGCCCAGACACAUCGACGAUGGGAACAUCACCAUACCUGCACACGCGACACAGGGGAGAAGGAGAGCCAAUGACACACAUUCCCUCUGUCAUCUCCUCCUUGCCUUUCUCACUUGGUGAAUCGGUCGUUGAGUGUGUCGAAAUCGGCCAGUGUGGCGUCGGUGGUCGCCACUGUGCGGCCAUCGACAGUCACACUGAGCACCUCCGCCCCUCCCCUGCCGCCCUUUAUGGACGACUUGAUGAAGACGCCCAUCAUGUCCAUGAAGCUGCGGAAUGCCGAUUGGCUCUCGCUGUCCUCAGUCGGUUUGUCGAUGGCGGUGGGCGACUCCGCGAAGAAAAUGUCGUGGUAGAAGGGGAUGGGCUGCACGGCGUCGAAGAUCUCGGUCUCGUCG